AUUAGUAUACUAUUUCAGACAUGGCAUUUAGACCAGGAUCACACAUAAACCUGAUGGGGAAUAUACAUCACCAGAUUCCCCAUAAUACCAUUCAAAUGAGGCCUCAAGGUAUGAUGCAAGGCUUUGCUAACCAGCAACCAGGCUUCAAUCACAUGAUGAUCAAUAACAGUAUGCACAGACAAGAGGUUUCUCAAAGGGCUGGACCUAUGCCACCUUUGAGUCAAGGCAUGAAUCCGUCAGAGAUACCUUUACCGGGCCCUGGGCCAGGUCAUCCUGGUGGAGGCCCUAUGAUGGGUGGCCCAAUGCAAAAUGCUCCACCUCCUAUGCCUGAUAAUGCAAACCCUAUGAUGAACAUGAUGGACCCAAAUAUGAUGAUGAUGAUGCCCCAAAUGAUGGCUAUGGCACAGAUGGCUAUGUCACAAAAUUCGGCUGCUGGUUCAAAAAAGAAGAAAAAAGCUAGCCUGUGGACUAAACAUACUUCGCCAGAUGGAAGGACAUAUUAUUAUCACAGUGAAACAAAACAGUCCUCAUGGUCAAAACCUGAUGAACUUAAAACACCCUCAGAAAGACUGCUAUCUAAAUGUUCCUGGAAAGAACAUAAACAUGCAGAAACAGCUAAAAUCUACUUCUACAAUUCUGAUACUAAAGAAUCAACUUGGACAGAGCCAGAGGAAUUCACAAAAAUGAAAGAAGAAAUCAAGAAACUUGAGGAAAAAGAGGCACAAGCUGACAGCAGUGAAAAGGAAGGUGAGGAAAAGGAUGCAGAAAAGAAAGAGGAAUCUGAGGGGGAGGAAGUUGUUUAUGAAACCAAAGAAGAUGCCAAAAAUGCUUUUAAACAGCUCCUCAAAGACAAAAGUGUACCUUCUACUGCUACAUGGGAACAGGCGAUGAAGCAAAUAUCUACUGAUAAACGCUACAAUGCUAUUCCCAAGCUGAAUGAAAAGAAACAGGCAUUCAAUGCAUAUAAAACUCAGAAAGCUAAAGAAGAAAAGGAAGAAGAGCGCCAAGCUGCAAAAGAGGCAAAAGAAAAACUUUAUGAAUACCUUAUUUCUCUUCCCCAUAUGAAUUCCAACAUGCUGUAUCGCAAAGCUCAUGAACUUUUAGAGUCCCACAAAGAGUGGUCAGUUGUGCCUGAACGAGAUCGCAAAGAUGUGUUUGAGGAUGCAAUUUUCUUUUUGUCAAAGAAAGAGAAAAAAGAAGAAACUGAACUGAGAGUGAAGCAAAAGGAAGAACUAGCUAUUCUUUUAGAGGAUGUUAAGGAGAUCUCUUACAAAACGACAUGGGCUGAUGCACAAGAAGUUCUAUUAUCCUAUAAAACGUUUAAAAACAAUAUUCUGUUUGAAAACAUUGACAAAGAAGACAUGCUGGUGGUGUUCAUGGAGCACAUCAAAGCCCUUGAACUUGAUUUUGAAGAUGAAAAACAGAAAAAAUUCGCUAAAGAGCGUCGUGCUCAGAGAAUCAACAGGGACUGUUUUAUCAAACUUUUGAAUGAGCUUCAUGAAACAAAGAAGCUCGAUUCUACCUCUCUUUGGGCAGAUUUAUAUUCCAUCAUUAGCAAAGACAUUCGUUAUGGGGUUAUGCUUGGUCAGCCAGGAUCAACUCCUCUUGAUUUGUUCAAGUUCUAUCUGGAGGAUCUCAAGUCAACAAUGCACGAGGACAAGAAAACAAUAAAGGAGGUUUUGAAACAGGCUAACUUCGAGGUCGAACCCGAUACAUCAUAUGAGAAGUUUCACUCAAUCAUAUCUGGCACUGAUAAAACAAAAGGCAUCGACAAGGGCAACAUAAAGUUACACUUUUUGACUCUCUUAGAAAAGGCUGAGGCCAGAGAGAAGGAAGCACAGAGAGCAGAAGAAAGAAAGUUAAAGAGAAAGGAAGCUGCAUUUAAACACAUGCUCAAAGAUGCUAGUCCCCCUAUCACCACUGAUGAUGAGUGGAGCAAGAUCAAGUCAAGAUUCGAAAAAGAUCCAGCUUAUAUUGCAUUUUCUGAUGACGACAAAAGUCGAUCAAAACUUUUCAAAGAAUAUGCUUCAUCACUGGAGCCUGAAUCAAAUUCAGAAGAUAAUAAUUCCGAUAAACAUAAAAAGAAGAGACACAAGAAAGACAAGAAACACAAGCACAGAGCUAAAAGGUCACCAUCGUAUGAAAUGACUGGUUCAAGUGAUGAGGAUCGCAAGAAGAAGCAGAAGAAGGUUGUUGAUGAGCCAUCAGAGGAAGAGAAAGAAGAACCCAAGAAGAAGGAGAAGAAAGCAAAGAAGAAGAGUAAGAAGAAGAAGAAGGAAAAGAGUGUGCAUGAAUCAGAUUCCGAAACUGAGAAGAAGAGAAAGAAAUCAAGUAAACAUUCAAGCGACAAAGAUGAGAAAAGUGGAGAGAGUGAAAAUGAGUCUGAUGAUGAUCUUAGUGAGACAGAACUCGAAAAACGCAGGAAAAAACUCUUAGAAGAACUUUCUCGACAUUGAAUGGGAGAUUCUGGCUCAACAUGUUUCGUAUAGCACUUGACGUUUGUUAUUUGAAGAUGCAGUCGAUUUAACAGUAUAAUUUCUUAGUAUUUUACAGUUUAUUUUGCUGAAAUGCAGCCUGAAUCGGAUUCAUUCGACUGUGUGUGUAAACUCGAUUUUCUUGCACUAUUUUAAAAUCAUAACAGCCAAUUUUAUCCUCUACUUUAUCCUCUAAUUCUACGCCUACGGCCAUGUGAUAUGUUGGUUUUUAUGAUAACCUUGUACUCUAAUCUGGGGAGAGAGGAUUUGAGAUUAUGUGUACAUCCACUUUAUCCAUCCGUGCUUUCUUAACUUUAAUGAAGAGGGUACAUAGUUUCCAGAAAUCAUUUGAUCUCUACCAAUUACACAAUGCAUAACCUAUGUUAAAGAAUUUAUCGAUCAAAAUCUAAAUUAUCAUGAUCUAUGAUUUCGAAUUCAGUACUGUGUAGAUUUCCAGUACUCACAUUUAUCAUUGGCUAACUUUUAUGAUGUUUAC